AUAAGUUGGAAAAAACAAAAUAAAUCUUUUGCCAACAUAUAUUUAUAAAAGAUGAUGAUGGCCAAAACAUUUCAAUUUGUCUGUGUACUUAUUUGUUUCUUGGCCAUUAUUAUCAACAUUGAGGCUUGUGUAAAAGAAAAUGCAACAUCAUACAUAGAUCAGGGAUAUUAUGUGGAAAAAACAGUCGUUCACAAUGCUGUAUCAAAAGGAGCAGUGUGCUUGGACGGAUCACCUCCAGCAUACCAUUUUGAACCAGGAUUCGGAGACGGAGUAGGAAAAUGGCUAGUUCAUCUUUCGGGAGGAGCAUGGUGCACAACCGUGGAAGAGUGUCUGAAUCGUUCCAAAUCUGACUUUGGUUCCUCAAACUAUAUGAAACCAUGGUGGUUUCAAGGAAUUUACAGCAAGACUCGGAGUGUAAAUCCAGAUUUCUACAAUUGGAACAAAGUAUUUGUUAGAUACUGUGAUGGUGGAGCGUUCACAGGAAAUGCCGAAUAUGUUGAUCCUGCUACCAAUCUUCACUUUAGAGGUGCAAGGAUUUUUAAAGCAGUAAUGGAGGAUGUUCUAGCAAAAGGAUUGAAGAACGCGCAGAGCGCACUUCUUAUCGGAAGUUCUGCUGCAGGAUACCCGGCAAUGCUAUACUGUGAUCGCUUCCAUAAAUUGUUGCCAAAUACUCCUAGAGUGAAAUGCAUGGUUGAUGCUGGUUAUUUUAUCCAUGUGAAGGAUCCACACCAAGCAAGAAAUUUUACUGAAAUGUAUAAAGCAAUUGUUAAUUUACAUGGAUCUGCCAAAACGUUACCAAAAUCAUGCACUAAAAAAAUGAAACCAGAAAUGUGCUUCUUCCCGGAGAACAUGCAACACAAAAUCAAGACACCACUUUACAUUGCAAUGUCGGCAUUUGAUAAAUUCCAGAUAAACACUACUAUAUACGAUGGGAUAAAUACAUGCAUUGAAGGGGGAAAUUGCACUGCAACUGAGAACAAACUCUUCAGAGAGUUUAGGUUGGAAUUCUUAAAUGCUUUGCCCAAAGGAAAUAAUCCUAAAUUAAGAGGAGCUUUCAUUGACGCACGCAAUCAUCAUACCCAAGUCCAAGGAUGGUGGUCUCCUAAAAAUGUCACCACAGUUAAAAAUUUGGAUCACGAGUUCGAGCUGUGGAAACAACCUCUUGUAGAGGGUAAGGCUGCGUAUAAUAGAUUCUUGUGGUCCGGCCCUUCUCCGGACCCCCGAGCAUGGCGAGAGCUUCAUGUGAUCAGGAGGUCACGGGUUCAAGCUGUAGAAACAGCCUCUUCCAAAAAUGCAGGGUAAAGCUGCGUAAAAUAGACCCUUGUGGUCCAGCCCUUCCCGUAUCCCACGCAGCAAAAACUUAGUGCACUGGGAAUCUAAUGAAGGCAUUUGCUGAUUGGUACUAUGAUCGGAACUACACCUAUGUGAUAGAUGAGCGUGACUUGCCAAUCUCUGCUAUGAAUG